AUGAUGAGGAGUCUUGUGGAGGAAUGGAAGCAUGAUUGCGAUUUAAAUGGAUUGUUGGGUGAUGUCGGUUCCCUAAUGGAAGAGCUGUUCGAUGGUGAAAAUGGUAUCAAACUAAUGGACGCAACAGCUACAUUUUGCCAACACCAGCAGCAUGCACUGGAUACUCUUAGACAGCGAUGUAAGAAGGAAAAGGACGAUCAGCUGAGCAGGUUUUUGAUGGAAGCUGAAAGUAACCCACUAUGUCGCAAAUUACAGCUGAAGGAUAUGCUUCCAGUUGAGAUGCAAAGGCUUGUCAAAUAUCCUUUGUUGCUGGAAACAAUUGCCAAAUAUACGCAGGAGCCAUCCGAGGAGCAAACAAAGAUCUUGAACAGCGUGAAUUCUGCGAAGAGGAUACUUUCAGCUGUAAAUACUGCCAAAAGAAAUGCGGAAAAUUUGCGAAGACUAGAAGAACUGCAAAAACGAUUAGUUACAACGCCGUACGAUCGCGAAAAUUUCGGCAACGAUUUCAACUCUUUAAACCUUACACACUAUAAGCUUGUUCACGAUGGUCCAUUAACGUGGCGGUACAGUCGAAAUAAAAUGAUCGAACUGCACGUUGUUCUGCUCGAGAAUGUUCUCAUACUGCUCACUAAAACGGGAGACGGAAGCAAACUGCUGCUGAAAGUUCAGGUACCAUGUUUUGAUUCAUUAAGUGUAUUUUACAACGUGACAGACCUAGCGUAA